GCGACGCGCAGGCGCACUGCUCCCGCUGCUGUCAAACAUGGCUGUGCUUUUUGGAUAAAGAAAAAUGUUCAAUAGGCUUGUUAGAUUUCCAAUAGCAUCAAACGAUGGCUAGAUUGGCUGAUUAUUUCAUUGUGGUGGGAUAUGAUCGCGAAAAGACAGGAUCAGGGGAAGGAUGUGGGAAGAUCAUCCAGCGCUUUCCAGCAAAGGACUGGGAAGACACAGUGUUUCCCCCUGGAGUGGAGAUGUUCUGUCAGCCUGGAGGAUGGAGCUUGUCUUGCAAGCGGAAGCAGCCCACAUUCUUCACUGUGGUACUGACUGACAUUGACUCCAACAGACACUACUGUUCCUGCCUGACCUUCUUUGAAGCAGAGAUCAACCUGCAGGGUCUGAAGGCAGGCGAGAGAGAUGGGGAUGAAGAUGGAGAAGAGGUGGAUGGUUUGAUAAAGCCCGCUCAAGUGUUUGCACCUAAAAGUCUUAUUCUGGUAUCCAGAGUGGAUUUACCGGAUAUAUUUCGGGGCUGCCUGGGUCUGAUUUACACAGUAUACAUAGACAGCCUCAGCUUCCCGCUGGAAAGCCUGGUGGCCAACCUGCUUACCUGCAUCGUACCGCUGGCUGCAGGAUCUCAGAAGCUCUUCUCACUGGGAGCAGGUGACCGACAGGUGAUCCAGAUUCCUCUGAACCGGAACCUGCCUGUGACCUUUAAAAGUGUGGCUCUUCUUUUCCAGCAGCUAGGGAUCCAGAAUGUCCUCAGCCUGUUCUGCGCAGUGCUGACAGAGCACAAGGUUUUGUUCCAUUCCACCAGCUACCAGAGACUGGGAGAUGCUUGUCGUGCUCUGGAGUCACUUAUGUUCCCACUGAAGUACAGUUACCCAUACAUUCCCAUCCUGCCGUCACGCUUACUGGAGGUCCUGAGUUCCCCAACACCUUUCAUUAUAGGUGUUCACUCCGUCUUCCAGAGUGACAUACAGGACCUGCUGGAUGUCAUCAUCGCUGACCUCGAUGGUGGGACAAUAAAGAUCCCGGAGUGCAUCCACCUGUCCUGCCUGCCGGAGCCGCUGCUGCAGCAGACCUGCAGCGCCCUGUCCAUGGUUUUACAUCCUGACCUUGAGGUGGCCGAUUACGCUUUCCCUCCCACUCAUGUGGCCACGCCCAACAUAAAGCACCUGGAUAAGGAUGUGCGGGCUGUGUUCCUCUGGCUCUUCGCACAGCUCUUCCAGGGUUACCGGUCCUGCCUGCAGCUGAUCCGCAUCCACUCUGAGCCGGUCAUACAGUUCCAUAAGACAGCCUUUCUGGACCAGAGGGGCUUAAUCGAGAACGACUUCCUCGCCAAGGUGAUGGAUGGCAUGGCGUUCGCCGGCUUCGUCUCCGAGAGGGGCCCCCCCUACAGGGCCUGCGAUCUGUUUGACGAGCUGGUGGCCUUGCCUCCGGAGCACUUUAAGGAGGAAGCCGCAGACCCAGCUAAGCUGCAGCAGCGGAUCCGUGAGAUUUCGGAGCAGCUGUACAAGAACGAGAAUCCCAACCCACACAUGGCAUUCCAGAAAGUUCCACGUCCCACCGAGGGCUCCCACCUCCGCGUGCACGUCAUGCCAUUCUCCCGUGUGGAUGAGGGGAGCGUGCAGGCGCUGCUGGAAGAGGGACUGGCCAAGCACCACAGCACUCCCACAAGCAAAUGCCCUGAGAAGAAGUGUGUGGUCCCCCCCGGGCCAGCAGUAGCAGCGUCCAUCUUUGGCCAGACCGGCUCCGUCUUCAACAGCGCCCGGAGACUGGAGGUGGUGAGGAACUGUGUCACGUCCAUCUUUGAGAACAAGAUCCUGGAGACGGAGAAGAUGAUUCCCGCCGCCCUCCGGGCCCUGAAGGGCAAGCCGGCUCGCCAGUGCCUGACGGAGGAGCUCCAGCUGCACGUGCAGCAGAACCGGGCCAUCUUGAACCACCAGCAGUUUGACCAUGUUGUGCGGCUGAUGAACUGUGCGCUGCAGGACUGCUCCAACUCUGAGGAGUUUACGGUUGCCGCUGAUCUCCUGCCAUUACUGACGGCCUUCUACCGGAAACUGGCACCUGGAGUCAAUCAGUUUGCCUACACAUGUGUACAAGACCAUUCGAUAUGGGCAAAUCAGCAAUUCUGGGAGGCGACGUUCUACAGCGAGGUCCAGAAGCAGAUCCGAGCCUUUUAUCUCUCUGUCCCGUCAGAGAAAACAGGACUUAUAAUCAAGCCGGAGGAGCGGGGCCUCCCCUCCCCAGCUGGCACCGAGCGUACGGCCAUGGACCUGGCAGCAGAGCAGCUGUGCUCCUGGCCCAGCCUCAGCAAGGAGAAGCAGCGGGAGCUGGUGCAGAGUGAGGAGAGCACGGUGUUCAGCCAGGCCAUCCACUAUGGCAGCCUCAUGGUCUACCUGCUGGUGCCGCUGGACGUCAGCAAGAACAAGCUGCUGCGGGGCCCACCUGCCGCCGACUGGGAGACCGCCAGCAACAGCGUCAUCACCACCAACAGCAUUGCAGGAAGUGUGGCAGAGAGCUUUGACGCGGAGAGCGGCUUUGAGGACUCCGAGAAUAACGAUAUCGCCAACUCGGCCGUGCGGUUCAUCUCGCGCUUCAUUGAUAAGGUGUGCACAGAGAGCGGAGUCACCCAGGACCACAUCAAGAACCUCCACAGCAUGAUCCCAGGUAUCGUGGCCAUGCAGAUGGAGACGCUUGAGGCUGUUCAUCGUGAGAGCAGAAGGCUUCCCCCCAUACAGAAGCCCAAGAUCCUCAAGCCCCCCUUGCUCCCAGGAGAGAAGUUCAUCUCUGAGGGUCUGCGAGUGGUCCUUGACACUGAUGGGCGGGAAGAAGCCACAGGGGGGGUUCUUGGUGGCCCACACAUCCUUCCUGCAGAGGGGGCGCUCUUCCUUACUACCUACCGUGUCAUCUUCAAGGGAACCCCUCUAGACCCUCUGGGUACUUUAUCUGCUUGGUUUCAGUUAUCCAGCUGUGACAACGGUGAAAUGAGACUAGAUUGCAAAUCCAUAUCAUGGUGCACAAUCACACCAGUAAUGACUGUUUCACCGUCAGGUCACCAAAAACCGAAUGACCCGUCCUUUGGUGGUAUGACCCUUACCGCCCCCCCCCCCCCCCCAUACAGCUAUCCUGGGCUGCUUGUGGUGCCCCAGUCAGUGCCGGACAGCAGUCUGCAGAAAGUGGCCCGCUGUUACCGCCAUAACCGGCUGCCUGUGGUCAGCUGGAGACACCCUCACACCAAGGCUGUGCUGCUCCGCUCCGGGGGCUUCCACGGCAAGAGCAUGGUGGGGCUCUUUAAGUCCCCCAACAGCGCUUCCACAGCACCGGUUUCCUCAGAGUCUUCCAGUAGCCUGGAGCAGGAGAAAUACCUGCAGGCCAUACUGAGCUCCAUUCCAGCCUGCCCCAAAAAGAGCAACUCGGAUAGCCCCAGAAACUGCGCUCUGAUUGGCUUGUCCCCAGGCAGUGAAAGACGGACGCCCAGAACAGCAAGGAUGGUGCCCGUCCACUUGGACAUUCCUAACAGCUUUGCUCGAGGGGGUGUCUGGGCCAGCAUCCGUGCCAGCAGCCGUUUCGGCUCCCACACCUCGCCGGCUGAGGCGGCGUCGCGGCUGCCCGGGAAGGAGCUGGCCCCCCCAGCAGGCAGCGAGAACCUGCAGGCCCAGCUGCUGAAGGAGCAGGCUGCCCUCUAUAUCUUCGGGGAGAAGUCCCAGCUCAGGGGCCUCAAGCUGGACGCCAGCCUGAGCUGUGAGCUGGUGCCAGUGGACGUCAUCGAUACGCGGCAAGUGAAGGGCUCUUUUAAGAAGCUGCUGAGGGCCUGUGUGCCCAGUCGCAUGUCCUCUGACGCGGAGGGCAGCUUCCUUAAGAGCCUGGAGGAGUCCGAGUGGAUCCUUCAGCUUCACAAGAUCCUGCAGCUGGCCCAGAUCCUGGUGGAGUUAUUGGACACAGGCUCUUCAGUCAUGCUUAGCCUAGAGGAUGGUUGGGACCUCACAACCCAGGUCGUCUCCUUAGUGCAGUUGCUAAGCGACCCAUUUUACCGGACCCUGGAUGGAUUCCAGAUACUCUUGGAGAAGGAGUGGUUCUCCUUUGGCCACAAGUUCAGCCAGCGCAGCAACCUAGCCCCAAGCAGCCAGGGCAGCGGCUUCACACCCGUCUUCCUACAGUUCCUGGACUGCGUGCACCAGAUCCACAACCAGGCUGUGUUAGAAUUUGAGUUUAAUCAGCAUUACUUGAAGUUCCUGGCUUACCAUUAUGCUUCCAACCGCUUCAAGAACUUCCUCCUGGACUCUGAAUACGAGCGCCUUGAACAUGGCAUACAGUUUGAGGACAAGGGUGACAAGCAGGCCAAGAAAGGGAUCUGUAUCUGGGACUGCAUUGGGCGGAUGCACCGAAGAGAGCCUCUGUUUUUCAACUACCUUUAUAGCCCAUCUGAGACUGAGCCUGUGAUCAGGCCCUCCAUUGGCAUGCCCAACCUCAGAAAGUGGGACUACUUCACUGAGGAGACCUUGUCCACGGGUCCUUCCUAUGAGUGGAGUAUGAUAGCCAGCCAGAUAGAAGGCAGCGAGAACACGGACACCAUCGCCAGCAGCAAGAGGAGAAUUGUUUGGCCUUGCUACAGUAACGUGGCUCAAGCACAGCCAGAUGCCAUCAGCAAGCUGCUGACUAACAUAGAGAAGCUGGAGGUCGAGCUUGGCCAGACCCCUGAACGGUGGCAGACUGCACUGGAAAAGGUGAAGACCAACAUCAAGGAGGACCUGAAACAAGAAAGUAAUCUGCACAAGCAGAGCCUGGCUAUCUCAGGCCUGAUCCCCACCUCCGGCCUCAUGGCCUCACAAAGGCGCUCCAUGCUCUACCUACCGGAUAGCAGCCUGGCUAAGGAGAGCAGCCCAUCUGCUUCCAAUGGGGUCAGCCGCAGGGCUGCCACUCUCUACAACCAGUUCGCUCCCAAGAAUGAUGAGAACCGCUCAUUUGAAGGUAUCCUGUUCAAACGAGGAGCUUUGCUCAAAGGCUGGAAACCCCGCUGGUUCGUCCUAGACGUUACCAAACACCAGAUGAGAUACUACGACACGGGUGAGGACACGAGCUGCAGGGGCUACAUUGACCUGGCGGAGGUGGAGUCCGUCAUGCUAGCUACUCCCACUAUCGGAGCACCCAAACACAUCAGUGAGAAGGCCUUCUUUGAUUUGAAGACAACCAAGCGGACAUACAACUUCUGUGCUUCGGAUGCUCAGAGCGCCCAGCAGUGGAUGGACAAGAUCCAGAGCUGCAUCUCCGAUGCGUGACCAAGCCCAGCCCAGCCUGCAGAGUGGAUGUGGCUUUAUGUUGGAGGGGGUGCACAUCUGGCCUUCAGACAAUGUGAUUUGCACUACAAUAGUUUAUGCGGCAUUAGCAUGCAAACACUGACAGGUCUAAUGCUGUUCUUUUUGAACUGUGGAAUCUGUGUAAAAACAGAAUUUAAGGGUUUUCUGUAUAAUGCAAAAACGUACUGCUGCUUACAAAUAGCAGGGACCAGGAACAUAUCGCCAAAAGUGCACUAAGAUCUUUAGCACUUCAAAUGCUGUUUUUUUUAUAUAUUGUAUACAUUUUUUUUGAAGACACUAAUUUGGCUGUUGUAAAAAUUACAUUUCUCAGAUAAGCUGAGCUGCAUUUAAAUUUUUGCACAGUGAAGUUAAGAUUGUCAUUUUCAAUGCAUAACUUUUUAAUGGUUUUGUGAUGUUUUUAUUAUGGAAUACCUAUAUGUUUCAUUACAGUGUUGUAAAUUAAAUUUUGUAUUGAAAGUGUACUUUGUGUAUUUCAAAGAACAGUCAAAUGUUUAUUAGAUUGACAGGUGUACAUCUGUCUUUUAUUCUUUUUAUAUAUUUGUAUUUAAGAAUUUCUUUUGGUUAAACUUAGCCAAAUUAAACAAUUACUUUUUGGUCAUUA